GAUCGUUGAAGAUAACUUUAUUACUUAGUCUAUCGAUCAGGAUUAUCAGGAUUAUGGCGUCAACAUCGACAUCAUCACAUGAAGACAUCACAUUUAAACAGGGCACGAUCCAACGAUUACUACAGAAGAACUUUAAAGAGGAGAAGACGAAAAUAAACAAAGAUGCAUUGGUGCUGAUCGUUGAACUGUCUCGCAUCUUUGUUAAUGAAGGAGCAUGUAGGUCAGCACAGCAGGCCAAGUCUGAGCAGGCAAUGGUCGUCGAACCAAGACAUUUAGAAAAGGUUCUUCCGCAGUUGCUCUUAGAUUUCUGAUGCGUACAGAGCCACCGAGCCAGAAGUGACAUGCUUGCACACACGUUGACCAAUCUCCAGGCUCAUGCUCUUCGGGUAUUGCAGGAGAAGCUACUGAUGUACUAACUUUUCUGCUUGAAAGGUCAAUCAUUUGAGGUCAGACCUGAUGGUGCAAAGGAAAUAAAGUUUUUCCCAUUUGCUGCAACGUUUUAUCAGCACCUGUAUAUUGUGAUCCAUGUAUUUGUCCACCAUCAUCAUUUAUUAAAGUCAGCAUUUUCCCUCUUACGAGGGGUUACUGACCUUCGCACCAUGAUGACCCUACACUCUUUUUGUCUCGAGCAUCCACUUUAUUAGGUAGACCAACCUUAAUUCUUUCUUUCUUCACCAUUUCUUUAGAUCUCCCUUUCCCUCUUAUGCCAACCACUUCCAGAUCCCACGCUCUUUUCACAGGUUCACCACAUUCCCUUCCCAACAAAUGCAUGACCCAUUCAUCUAAAUCCACUUCUGAAAUGAUGGGUACUCAGUAUACUAUUGAAUGGUAUAUUAAAGCUAUAUUAAGAAUACAUGUAUUUUGAAUACAGCGUUAUUGCAGGAUGAACAAAGAUAGAACUAAAGAAGUCAAGCAAGUUUUGUUUCAUUAAAAAGAAAUAAUUUAUUAUGAUCCGUCAAUCAAUGAUAUAUAAAUCUGAUAUCAAUAUAAUUUCCAUUCACAUUCAUAAUUUUGUACAUAUAAUAUAAAAAGGAUAUUUCUUUAUUUACAUGGAAACCUGAAACCAAACUAAUUUGAAUCUUGGUUCAUUUGCUGAUACAGUUAACAGCAUAGGCCUACCUUGAAUUUGCACAAGUCAAAUUUUUCUUAAGUUGAAUUCAUUUUUGACAAAACUGUAUAUUUAC